GAAGAGGCAAAGAGGGGAAGAUGAGAGAUUCUGAACUACCUUUCUUCUAGGUUGAGCACACGAAGAGCACCGACGCUUAUGGAGGUAUCAGACGACGCCGUAUCGGUGGAGGAAACCGUUGCGGUGAAGAACGAGGAGGAGAGAAGCCGGCGGAAACCUCCACCGAGCGCUGCCGCGGUCGGAGACGGAGUUGUGAUGGCGACGAAAUCGGAGAUGGAGACGGGGAACAGAGGAGACGGGAGAAGGGAGAACGAGACGCCGCCUGACGACGAUUGCUGCCCGAUCUGCUUCGGCUCCUUCACGAUUCCAUGUCGAGCGAAUUGUGGCCAUUGGUAUUGCGGCUCUUGCAUCCUGCAGUUCUGGAGCUACUCGACAGCAGCUAGGCCUUGCAAGUGCCCUAUGUGCGUACGCCAUAUCACCAAGUUGACGCCGGAAGCAUCCUUGCAACAGAGCCAGGAGCAAGAGGUUAAGGAAGUUCUCGCCAAGGUCCGGAGGUAUAACCGCCUCUUUGUUGGAGGUCUAACCGGCCUUAUCCAGAAGGUGCACGAGCUGCCUACGAUUAUGAAGAAAAUGAUAUGGAGCAUGAUGGAUCCCGAUAGAAACAAUUUGUAUCUUCAUGAAGUUCGCCUCUUUGCAUUGUUUAUGAGUAUCCUCUACACUGCCACCGAGUUCGACUUCAUUCCAACGGGGAGCCUAGGAAUCAUGAGGGUGUUCGACUAUGGUGCUGUUGCCUUGGUGAUAACCCUACGACUGGUCGGGAUAUUCCAGAGGCGGCGAAUGGCUCGGCGGGUGAGGAAUCUAGCCGCGGCCGCCGAACUCGAACAUCAAUGAAUGAGAUCAAAGGGAUGUGUGAUUUAAUCCUUAAUGUCUGUCCACAGGACUUUGCACAGUUUGGGAGUUCAAAGAAAAGACCAACGAAGAGAGUAGUGUAUAGUUGUACGGACGAUAUGUGUUGCGUGUUUUUUUUUUAAUAGCGAAAACGACGACGUUUUCCUGGAGCAAACGGUGUCGUUCCCUCCAUUAUUUUUACUUAAGGAAAAAUGUCUAAUUCGGUUUUCAA